GCGAACUCUGUUCUUUCAAGAGCCAAAAGUUCAUUCGAAGUCCUUCAAAGAUCUGAAUUGUGUUCUAUGAUCUGAAACUAACUCCAGAAUUCUACCAGUUUUCUUCGGAGUUCCUUCGCCUGAGCGUUCUAUCUCAGACAUGGAUAGCUUUGAAGUUUCUAUAUUAAAUACGGUGCCAUUGAGACAAAAUCCAGUGCGUACCUAUGUUGUUCGUGGAGCCAGUCGAUACAUAAGUUCAGAUCGUUAUAGGUCACUAUCAUCACUUUUAUUAUUAAUAGGUCUUCUGAUAAUGGUCAUAACCCUUGCUCUAGGAUAUCUCUAUCAUGCAUCAGGUGGGCAGACGAGCCAUUUGGAGGCUGACAAUGAAGUUGAAGGCCAGACCUUUUGCAGUUUGGAAGUUCAAACAAUGAUACCACUUCUAAGGGAAGUAUAUGAUGAUAGCAUGACCAAAGUUUUAUACGUUGGCCCUGAUACUUGUUCGAUGAUGUCCGAAUUACUCAUAGACGAAGAGGAAUAUGAAGCUUGGGGUGUGGAACCAUAUGGCUCUGACGGUAGUGACUUUUAUUGCUGGGAUCUCAUUCAUAAAGGCAUCAUCCGUGUUGCCGAUAUGAAAUUUUCUCUGCCUUACAGGGAAAAUUCAUUUUCUCAUGUUAUAAUUUCCGAUACUUUGGAAUAUUUCUCUCCGCGAUACCUUAACAGCACAAUUCCUGAGUUGAUGAGGGUAUCUAGAGAUGGUGUUAUCAUAUUUGCUGGUUAUCCAGAUUAUCCAAUUACAGAAUUUACCAGAUACAAAUUCAACCGCGAGGCCAAACUCCGAAGUCCUUCGUGGUGGAAAAGGUAUUUAGUUCAAAGGAAGUUGGAAGAGAAUGAAGCUGCCAAAAAGAGGUUUAAAAAAAUUUUAAGGGAUAUAUCAUAUAAACCAGCCUGCCAAAUCUUUUUUCUCAAGUCAGGAUGAUACCAUUUUAAAAUGUUAGAAAUAUUUUUUGUUUAAUUUCUAUAGCAAGUAGAAACCAUGUUUCAGGGUAAUUUAUUAGAGCAGCUCAUUCAUUUUAGUAUAGUAAAUUUAUCACAAAUUCAUUUUAGUUUUAGUCUGAGAAAUAUCAGCCCUUUUGUUUAAUGAAAGU